AUCUAUUAAUAGUGAGCAAGUGUUUUCGUUCGAAGUGUUGUUGACAUCAGUCACGAUGUUUCGGGUUAGCAAAUCGAUGCCAAAGUCAAAUGAUUCCCUGAAAGACAAAAUGGAAACUGCGAAGCUAGCGGGAUACAAUAUUUUACCGAGCAGGGAGUCGGCGAAGACAGCAGUGUUGGUAGCAAAGACAGUGUGUCUGACCGUGUUCAUCAUCUACGUUGCAGUGCCCAUCUUUGUCAGAGCCAACUCUUGGAUUUUGCCAAAGGUUGUUUUCUCUAAUCUCGUUCGCUGGCCUCCAUUUAUCGAUUUGUCCAAGCCAUCAGACUUUGGUCUGAAUUCAACCCGGAACUUCUACCUCCAAACAGACAAUGGCAUUCAUGUUGGAGUUUGGCACACUCUACCAUCGAGCCUGGUGCAGGAUGGGAGUCCCGCAGAUCCUUAUGAGUAUGAACAAUUGCUGAAAUCUGGGAAGAGGAUUAUUCUGUAUCUCCAUGGCAACAGUGGAACAAGAGGGGGAUUUCAUAGAGUACAGCUGUACAAACUACUGGCCGGCUUGGACUUCCAUAUCAUCACUUUUGACUACAGAGGUUUCGGUGACUCCACUGGCACACCCACAGAGGACGGGGUCGUCCACGACUCCCACUUCAUGUACCGGUGGAUCAAGGAGAGGAACAAUGGAGAGCCCAUCUUCCUCUGGGGUCACUCUCUUGGCACAGCAAUAACUACAAAGUUAGCAAAGAAGCUCUGUGAACUGGAUGACCAUCCACCCGGCAUCAUCCUAGAGGCCCCCUUUAACAACAUUCGAGAAGCUGCCGCCAACCACCCUUUUGCCCUGCCCUACCGCCUUCUGCCAUGGUUCACCUGGGUUUUCGUGGAUGGCAUCAAGGAAAAUGGAAUCCACUUCAGCACGGAUGAAAAUAUUCGGAGUGUGAGUCCCCCGAUUCUGAUUCUUCAUGCUGAAGAUGACGCUGUAGUGCCAUUCCAUCUUGGAGAGAAGCUGUAUGAACAUGCCAAACAGUCCAAGCCGGAUCACCAUGCUGGUGUGGAGUUCAAGCGCUUUCCUAGUCACCAUGGUUACGGACAUAAACACAUUUUCAAGUCACCAGAACUGCCAGAGAUUGUCAGAUCUUUUGUUCACAAGGCCCUGGAGAAGAAGAAAUAAUUAAGACGUUGCUAAACCUUUACCUUCAACCUCAGGGAAUCAGAGAUGAUUAUCAUUCCAAAAUGUGGAAUAUAUGGAAUAUGUACUGCUGUUAAUAUUGUGAUACACAAACUUUAUUCUUGAUCCUGUAGUCAUAUUGACAGAGAGCAUUCUCUUACAAAUUUGGAAGAAUUCCUGCUGUUUUGGUUUUUGCUGAUAUUUUGAAACUACUGUAUGUAUGGCCCUAGUGGUCUUCAGUUCUGCGACUCACUGUACAGAGUUACUUCCCUUUACCAGUUUUUGUCUCAUUGGGAACCUUUGUAUGUCAAGACUAGAUCUUUUCUUAUUGGCUUCUGAGAAGUUAAUAGCUAAAACAUUGAGACAUUCUCCUGUACAUCUGACACACUGUCCUUAUUGGUACAAGUUACUACAACUAAAAUAUUGUUAAAUACACCUCACAAACUAGUGCCAGCUUGCAAGUUCUGAAAAUUGGGAUUUGUAAAAUUAAAACAUGCAUGCUUGCUUUGUUUGCAUGGCUAUAUCAGAUUAUAAAAUUGAUGAUAGGCGUUUAUUUUUUAAAGAUCUUAUGUUAAUGAACUAUAUGAACUUCUUUAGGCAAGAUAUGUAACCGGUGGUCAUCAAGGAAUUCCAGUAUAAAAUAUUUGCAUACUUGGGUGGUAUUGUGCUUGUGGUAUUAUAACAUACAGAUAUGGAACCAAGACCUCAUUAAUGAAGAUGCAUCUUUGGUUCCAUUCACAGUAGUGAGAAAUAAGAAAAUCUUGUUGUAGAUCUUAAAUAACAUAACAUUCAUGAAAUAGCCUCUUGCAAAUAACAGCAGAACAUUAUUUAUUCAACUUAGUUUGAACAGAAAAAUAUCAUGUAUGAUUUUUCAUCAUAAGCAAUGAUUUUUUCAGUUGAUCUCAAAAGUUUAGAGUUUUAAGACUCAAAUAAGUCUUGAUGAUAGAUAUAUACAUUUCAGUUUUAGAUAACUAGUAAUUAGAUUUUUUAAUGGAUGGAUUGUUUGUUUGUACAGUUAAUCUUAUGUCAGGAGGUUGCAUGGUAUUUUUAAACUUAAAAGAAAAUUUGUUUACUGUUGUUUAGGAAAUAGUUUUUUAGCACUUACCGGUAUUUAUGUUGUGUGUUUAAUUUGUGCAUUUCAUAUACCUUCUGCAAGAGUUUACAGGAUACCAAUGACUUUUAUGGCCUCCUUGGCUUGUUCAUGGUGUGUUGAUUUGAGUGGCUUUAUGCAUUUGAAGGUUUUAUUAAUGUAAAUUAUUAUAUUAGGUAAGCAUUUAUACACAGGACUACAUUAUGUUUGUUAUCACUUUCUGUAUUUGGAGUAAGGAAAGCUUCAAUACCUAGUGGGCUUGGUGUUCAAAAUCUCACCCUUAACACUCACAUGCCCUUAACAUUAAAAAAUCCUUAUUUUGCCUUUUUGUCAACUUUUGCUUACAAUUCCUGCACCAAGAUGGUUAUAUGUAGUUUUCUGAUGAACUGACCUUUCCAAUAGUGCUGGACUCUGCAACAAGAUUGUCCUCUUGAAAUGUGUUCUUGGAACUGCUGUGUCGAUUUUUUCACUCAGUUCGUGAUAUUGUAUCAGUUCUACAAACAUAUGUAUCUGAGUCGAAAUUGAAGGUGGAAUCCUUUUUUAUGACGGUUAUAUAGAGGAUGGCAUAAACAUGUUACUAAGGUUCAUGAAUAGUUAUACUGGUCAGUCAUGUCAAAGUUAUACAUGGCCAGUAGUCUGUGUUUUUUCGAGAAUAGCUAAUACUUUGAUGGACUGUUUAUGUUAAAUUGAUGACAACUCUGAAUGAUCUGAGGACCUAGAUGUAACUAGUUGUGUCCAAUCCUAGCCUGUCAUCCUUAAACUUGUAUGUCAAAGUGAAAUGGUUCAAUCAUGACAUUCUGGGCACUAUUUGCCAUGGUGCGGGGCUCCCCAUCCUGACAAUAUUGGUUUGAGUCUACCCCACUAGACACUGUCCCCUAGGGACAAUGUAUGUAUUGUUGUGGGAGUGUCUUGAAUCAUAUUUGUCCUGUUGCACUAUCUAACCCUUUGUUCUUGAGUUGAUACCCAAUUACUGCUUAUGUUAUACUGGUAUCAAUUUAACCUAACCUGGAGCAAUAGCCAUUGGCCUCUUCCUUACACACUACUGUAAAUACAUCCUUAUAACAUAUUUAUAUGUGUGUUGUUUCAGUGCCUUGAACACGGAAGAGAGUUAUCUGUAUUUUGCAUAGAGCUGUGUUAUAUCUCUGGAGCAUAAUAACCACAUUUAUUCAGUGAAUUUAUUAUCUUAUGACAAGCAAACGCUUUAACCACUAGGCUACCCCACUACCCCCAAGGUGGGUAGGGACAAGAAACAAACUAUUACUGGUAGUGGUCAAGCUGUGUGAAGGGCUUUGUGGUGCCAAGUUUGUGUCUCAGCAGGUCUCUGAGAGAAGUGUAUGUUUGUGUAACAUUGAACAUGUACUAGGAUAGUUUGAAACAUGGAAAGAGGAAAUAAAAUAAAUGCUGUGUCUUGGAGACAUGGUAUUGAAUCUCUUGAUAUUUUGAGGCCUUUGAGAUAAUCGUCGGCUGUUUACAUGGUUUGUUCAAUAAAUGUUGUCAGUUUGAUUAUUAGAUCUGACAUGUUGUUUGGGUACAGAGGAGACGGGUAGAAGUACAUAUUCAAGACAAAGGACAUGGAAGAGAUUACCGCAGUAUCUUUUGUAUUUUGACAGAAAAUGUUAAUGUGAUUUGUGAGGUUUCUCAGGAGGAUCAUGAAAAGAGAUGAACAGUCAUUUCAGAGAUAUGUUUUUGUUCUUCAAGAAGAAUUGACUGGCCAUCAACCUGCAGAUGUCCUUUCCUCGUGGCAGAUGACCUUCCCCUCUACGAGUAGAGUAGAAUUUUGUCACAGGAAUUGUAAUGGAAGGGUAUCCUGGUUGUUUUCUUCUUAAUUAUAUGUUGAUGGUGUAGCUAGAAUCUGUUAUGUGAAUUUUAAGGAUGUCAAGUUUAUGAUUGAGGGCCUAUUUCAGGUACUGUUGCCAUGGAUAGAGGAGCAGGUCAAUAUAUGACCUGGUUGGUUUUUCUGGAAACAUUUGUUGGCCUGCAAGGGGAGGUGUCGGCAGAUGGUCCUCUUAUCAAAUUGAACAAUGCAAAGAUGUUUUUAUUCCUGUGAUAUAUGUCUGUGUUAUUGAAUAAAUGUUGAUAAGAGUU